AUGGAAAAAGGAAUGGCUCCUUUUAUUGUCAAUGAUAGCGUCGGACCGAAUAAUUCGGCAAUUGUAACUUUGUUACUCAAAAAACUUAACCGAUUUGGCGAAUGUGCUAAUACUAUCGCCUCUUCAUUGCUUGAAAAUGAUGAACGUUGUCUUUCCACCUUAUCUGCCCUUCUUUAUUUGCAUGAAAAUAGUGUAGUGUUACCAGACGAACUGAACCCUCGUUAUAUUUUUGUUUGCGUUAUGUAUCAAAUUGGAUUUGAUCAUGAAAUAACAGUGAUAAAGCAAUCUGAUGGUUGUAAUGGAUCGCUAAAUAAGGAGAAUCUCAUGCAAAAUAUGAUUGAUUGCUUCAUACGAUUUCGUUUAGUAUGUGAACGAAUGAAAGUCGCUAAUAUUGAACCAUUCAAUUUAAAAUUUCUAAUUAAAGCUAUUGAAGGAGUCGAAGAGACUUGGGAAUAUUGUAUAAUGAAUGGAAUAAUUAAUUGA